ACCCUUGAAAGCGACAUGGGUCACCAACAGCUCUACUGGAGCCACCCGCGAAAAUUCGGCCAGGGUUCUCGCUCUUGCUGCGUAUGCUCAAACCGGCACGGUCUGAUCCGGAAAUACGGCCUUAACAUGUGCCGGCAGUGUUUCCGUCAGUACGCGAAGGAUAUAGGCUUCAUUAAGUUGGACUAAGUGAUCUUCCUCGAAUGGAUUGCCCAAGACAGCCUCCUAAUGAAAGAACAUGCUAGUUCUUUGUACAUAAAAUAAAAUUCUAAAAACUUAAA